ACUCAUCGAGUAUUCGUAUCUUAGCAUUGUGCCACGUUACAGGCAAACGACAUAACAAUUACCAUCGCAACGUACCAUCCUGACUUCAGUCUUCGAACAUCGUCUACGACUUUGGCGCUAUGUCUCCGCAGCUGCUUGUUAUCACCGGUGUCUCAGGGCAUGUGGGCUUCCGUGUGCUUGUUGAAGCUAUCAGCAGAGGGUACAAUGCACGAGCGGUGAUCCGCAAUGCAUCACAGACCGAUCAAAUCAAGGCCACCGAUUCAGUGAAGCCGUACUUGACCCAGGUUGAGUUCGCAGUAGUCCCAGACCUGCUCGUUCCAGGUGCCUUCAAUGGCGUACUUGACGGCGCGGACGGUGUAGUCCACGCUGCCUCUCCACUUCCUUCAGCAAGCCAGGAAUUUAAGCGCGUCCUGAUUGAACCAGCCGUUAACGCAACCUUGGGCAUUCUCAAGGCGGCAAAGAAGGUCUCGAAAAUCAAGAGAGUUGUUAUUACCUCUUCGAUCGCUUCUCUUAUAACCUGGGACUACCUUGUAUCAUCUGAUAUCACGAGAGUGUUCACUGUGCGAGACACUUACACCCCAACCAACCUUAACAGUCCCUUCGCAAACGCCAUGGACGCUUACGGUGUCUCAAAGGCAGCAGCCCUUGCCACCACGGAGCGCUUUAUGCAGGAAGAGAAGCCGCACUUUGAAGUUGUCAGCAUUCUACCCAGCAUGGUGAUCGGAAAAAACGAGCUGAACCGCACGACCGAGGAUAUCGGUAAAGGCAGCAACGGCACCACCCUUGGCGUUCUGCUAAACAACAGGAGCGAAACCCCAAGUCUCGGUGUGUCCGUCCACGUAAACGACGUGGCAAGAGCACAUAUCGACGCGCUGGACCCUGCGAUCCAGGGCAAUCGCAACUACCUCUGCUCUUCGGGCGGAGUCGAGGGCACCACCUGGGAGAACGCCAAGGAUAUCGUCAGACGGAACUUCCCCAAGGCCGUGGCUGACGGCAUUUCCCCCCUUGAGGGGAGCCAGCCUUCGCGGCCUAUUCGCCUAGACUCGUCUGAUACGGAAGAAGUCUUUGGGUGGAAGUUUGCAAGCUUUGAGGAGCAGGAUAUGCUGACAACAACGUGUUCUUUGGUGAAGGAACCCCAUAUGCAAGAGGACACGCUGGUCAACGAUGAUCAACUUGCGAAUCGGCGAGCGCGUGGAAGACGGGCUCCGCAGGAGUUCCGCCAGAGACAGAUUGACACCAUCAACGAGCUCCAGGCCAGCAAAGAGUCCAUGCAGGCCGCCAUCGCCUCAAUAGCGCGCGCUGCGGCUCAGCAGGACAGCGCUGGAAUGUCUGCAGCAGUGCGCGACGCGUGUCGACUCGCUGGGGUCGAAAUACCCCAAGAGCCAGGCUUGUCCCGUGUAGACUCCCCGAGUUAUGCUAAAUCUCAUCAUCAAUCGGGAAGAAUGUCGCCAACACUCGGCUAUGGCCUCUGGUUCGGCCCCGAGACUUCCAUCCCAAUCGAGUAUCCGCCCAUGGACAUUGUUCCAUAUCUCCAAGACGGCUCUUCGCUCGCCAUCACUGUGUUCUGGACCAGCCUCUCCUGGGGCUUCCAAAUACUCGGCGCCGCGCUCGGAGGCAACGUUGAGGCGGUGGCUACAGCCCAAAACAUAUUCAGUGCUAUUAUCUCCACCAGUCCUGGCCGAGAUGUCUUGAACGGCAUCCACGCCCGCCUGAUAUAUCGCAAGACGGGGACGAUUGAUCGAGACCAUCCCGGCAACAAGCCAGAGCAGGCCCCAGGGAUGUUGGUAGCCAUGGCCAGGUUAUGCGAAAACAACGGCACCCCAUUAGAGACUUUCCUAACGCCCAUUGCGAUGGAGGAUCUGCUGAGGAACAGGCUAGGUCCUGCUUACGAUAGGAAAGGGCUGGUUCAGAUGAUGACUAGAAGUAGUAUAUGUCUCGGGGACGGGCCACGGUGGCCAACUGAGAAGGCGGAGGACGUGGUUACGUAUUGGGCUCAUAGCGCCGGUGUACAUGUAUGUUGA